GAUAGAAGAUUUAUGCAUAUUUUUAAGUAUUAAAAAUGGGAUCCGCGAAAAUUGACGAAAACAUCCACUCUAUCAGAACCAGGAUACAGCAAGAAGCAAGUGAUAUUAAUGAAGAAAAUGAUAUCACAACCACGCAAAAUGACAACGGGCCAACAUGGUUGGAAAGGAUUCUAGGAAGAUUAGAUGCUAACAAGAAAAUAGACAAGGUUAAUACGAUCGAAGCUGACGAACAGAGCGAAAGUUCAAGUUAUGAAGAAUCUGACGAUUCAGAAACAUAUGAAGCGCCACAAUUGAGUAGAAAAACAUUGGAAUACAAAGAUCUUUUAUGCAAAGAUCUGUCAAACAUAUCAAAGUUAAUCAAAAAAUCGCAUUUUUGUCACAUGGAAGUCGGCGAAGAAGACUGGCCAGAAUACAAGGAAUUCAUGUACAAAAAUUAUCGCAGUAAAUUAAAUAAAAUUAAACGCCAGGCGCAAAGGAGAGAAAAUAACGCUAGGGUGGGGGUCGCAGAAUAAAACCAAAUGCUGCUAGUCGCCACACUA